AUGCCCAUUGACGUAGUCAAGGUGCGGAUGCAGAUGCAGGGAGCCGAUGGCACUCGACAGUUCAAUGGCCUGCUCGAUGCAGGCCUAAAGACGGCCCAAAAAGAAGGCAUUGGCGCUCUGUGGAAAGGGCUCCCCCCAGCGCUUGUACGCCAGGUCAAGCAGCAACUGAUCAAGCACGAGCUCAUUGUGCCUGGGACCGUUUCUGGCGUCUUGAUUUCUUCCCUGGCCUCGGGCUUGCUCUGUGCUCUGACCACGUCUCCAUUGGACGUGGUCAAGUCCCGGGUCAUGGGGCAGCCCGUUGGCGCCAACGGCCAUGGCCUCUUGUACUCGGGAAUGGUCGAUUGCUUUGUCAAAUCGGUGCGCAAUGAAGGCAUUCUCAGUUUAUACAAGGGGUUCUUACCCAAUUGGGGCCGGCUUGGGCCGCGCGGCGUCAUUUGCUUUGUCACCAUGGAGAUGCUCAACAAGUGGUUUCCUUGA